AUGGCUUGCGGCGGUCGUGAAAGACCCGCGCGGUUUGCUUGCAUCCGAGAGCUCUUCCUGCAGCGCCUCAAGUCUCGAAAGCGCCGGCGUGCGGAUCCGGACCGACGCCCUGUGCGGCUCGAGCACUUCGGCAAUUUCCGCGUCAUUGGCUUCUAUGGGGCUGCUGAGCGCUUGCAACAGCUGCAGGAGAAGCAGAGAGCACGGCAACACUGGUUGGAUUGCGGGUCUAUGGUUCCAGUUACUCCGGAAUACAGUCGGGAUUCCAAAGCAGAGAGCGAGGAGGCCGCUGAGCCGAAGGAACAGAAGCGGAAGCGCAGGCGACCAACAGAUGUGCUCCUGCAGCAACUGGUGGAGAAACGCCAGAGGGAGGCUGAUGCAGAACAGCAGCAGGCCUCGGAGGAAGAGGUCAGGAUGGUCGCCAUGGAGAUGCGCCAAGUCAGAGUCAAGCUUAAGCGGAUGGCGCGGGACGCGAAGAACGCAGAGCGUGCCAAGCGCAUGGAGUGGCUGCUGCUGCAACGCAUCGAGCCUGAGCCCGUGCUGCUGAAAGCGGACCUUUGCGAUGAGGAGAGGCAGGCACAAAAUAAGGAAGAGUUGGACCACCGUGUGUGGGAGUUGUACGGCGGCGCAGACAAAGAGGAACACGUAUACCGAGAAUGGCGCCGCCAGAUCACAGAGCGCCGGAAGAGCUGCCUAUUGCGCCGUGCGACUGCCCGAUGGUUCCGUCCAGCUGACCAUCCAAGGCCACGGCCACCUCCACCAGAGAAACCGCUGCCGCCAAAGCUGCGGACAGAGUCUAAGGACCCAAAGCCACGGUCACUUCAAGAGAAGCCGUGUCAGCCAGGGCAACUCCAUCCGCUCGAACUGCCGGAGGUUUCCGAGACAGCCACUGAGGAUCCCUACAUGCUCUUGUGA